GUUGGGACCAUGCUUUCUUCUUACUUGAGGACUUAAAUGGGGAAAUAUUCACGUUUUGACAGAAAAGAUGAGUAAAAAGUAAGAUUAGAGCUCAUUUGACAUGUCUGCAGUCAAGAGAAGACAAGCUCCAAAUCCGCUCUUGGAAAUCAGACCCUCCAGAAAUCAGGAUUUUAAGCGCCAUUGGACUCUUCUGUCCCGACCCAGGCUUUCUCUCAGCAGGAGCACCUGGCUGCCUGACGGCCCCCGCUCUGCACGCCACGCUCACAGGGAGCCUGUUUAUGUGUCUUUUGUCAGCAAGGCGAUCUUAUGGGAUAGAGAACCCUGCCACCACACUGCUCACAAUCGUCCACAUCACCCUCCUUUGCUGUGUCCCCGCUUCUUGUCUCACAUGGAGGCUCACCCUGAAGACCUCAGACCUCCUCCUUUCCUGAGCUCCAAGUCCAGACCACUGCCUCUAUCUCAGGGGAGGAGGCCAGUAACCAAGACUCUGACUGCCCAGACACUGGAGGGUAACUUUCAAGUUUCACACAGAAGAAGACCCCUGGUGCAAAAUCAGGUCACAGGAAGGCAAACUGCUGUUGUUGUACCUAGUAUUCAACUUCCUUGUUCUUCACCAUCAUCCACCAUUAAUCCAUCACCUCCCCACCAAAAAAUCUAUCACCCUGUCUCAAGAAAGCCAAUCGCUUCACUAGCAUUUCCUCCCUUUCUUCAUCCUGCUCUGGAAGACAAAGAUGAAGCUCAAGACAGGGAGGAAGCACCACAGCCUGCUCUGGAAGACAAAGAUGAAGCUCAAGACAGGGAGGAAGCGCCACAGCCUGCUCUGGAAGACAAAGAUGAAGCCCAAGACAGGGAGGAAGCACCACAGCCUGCUCUGGUGUCCAUCGCUAAGUCAGAUAUGAUGCUACAGCUUGGACCUGCUGAACCAGAUCGAUCUCCAUCUCCAGCCUCUGUGGUCUCACAUGGAUCACUCUCAGAUUUCAGUCGUCCCCAUUCAAGUCUGUUCAGCCGCAGCACCAAUCUCGCCAGUGGGAGAAGCAGUGUCCUGUCUGAAAUCAUCAGAGACUCUGACCUAGAAGGCAGUGCUUGUGUAUCACCUCUCCAUCCUCCAGUGAUUAAGUCACCAUCAGCAGGAUCCAAAUCUCACAGAUCAUCCAUGAAAACGAUGGCUUCCCCUCCGUUCAAUAAACCGCUAUCUGACCAGGUUAGAUCUAUCUCAUCUUACCCAGAAUCAGAAUGUAAACCUCCCAGCAGGUGUGGAAGCACAACAAAGACAGAGAAUCAUCAUCAAGCUGCAUCGAAAGAGCUUGCUCUCAACCCACAUCCAGACUCUGAUCCUGGCCUCGUUAUGUUUGCUUUCCCCUCCACUACCUGGUCCUCCUGCCCGAGUCCACAGAGGACCACUUCAGCUCGCCCCAGAUCAGCCUCGGGACCAAAGCUGACCCCUCCUGCCUCUGUGACUCGACCGGAGUGUCAACACUGGCCCGUCCUGCCUCCUAUCUCCCCUAUCAGAGGACGCUGUGACACAGCAGCUUCACGAUACUCUGAGCUCAGCUGCUCUCAGUCUCAUGUGUUUGAUGAACUGGAGGCCAUUGCUCCUCAGUCGACUUCCUGUCUCUCUCUUGAUGAGUCAGAUGACUCAUCCUGUCCUUCACCUGAUACAGAGCUGUCCCCCGGCCUGGCAGCCCUGACGGUCGGCUGUGACUCAGGGAAUCUGGGCUCCAUUUCCCGGGUGCAGCUUCUCCUCCUUAACAGAAACGAGCCUGAAACCCUGCCAAGUCCCUUCGGUUAUGAAGAUGAUCUCUUCCAAGUGGAGGACUGGGCCGAGGAGAGGAUGCAAGAUGAUCCAGAAUUGACUUCAGCAGGUGUCUCGAGGCCCCUCACAGCUGGCAGUGACUCUGAAAGGUGUGACUCUGCAGGGAAAGUCCAGGAGAACAAAUCGGAUCAGUCUGAAGAAGGUUCUGGGUCCCCGUCCUCCUGGAUCAUAGAUCCAAGUCCAUCCAACAACAUGUUCAGAUCUGCAGAUUCUCCCCGUUCUAGUGGAGAUGAAGAAGAGGAGGAGGCUGAUUAUCGAGGAUGGAGGGACCAAACUGAGUCGCCAACAGGAGGAAGAAGGCCUGACCAUGGUGAGGAAGAAGAGAGGAAAACAAAGGCGCUGAGCAUGCUCUCCAAACUGCAGGACGACUCACGCCAUCAGGAGAAAAGCAGCAAAGGUCGCUCCAACUUUGAUGACUUCGACUUCUUGGCAAAGUACUGCAUUUUUAGUCAGGAGAAGUUGGCCGAGUACAAAAGAGCUUUUGAAGCAGAAGAUGCUGACGGUGACGGCUACAUCUCUUGCCUUCAGGUUCUUCUUGCUCUUAAAAACAUCCUCCCUGCAGAACUGCUGUCUGAAGAAGAGGAGAUCUAUGUCUACAGGAUUUUGGAGAUGGUGGACUUCAGAGUGACAGAUGGACUCGUGGACCUGAGGCUCUUUGCCGUGAUUGCCAGCCUGGCUCAGAAAAUCGCCUCCAUGGAUGAGUUUAUGCGAUCACUCAUCAGUGACAUGGACUUCCGCUCACUAGAGGUGCGGCUCUUUAAAGCAAAGCAACUCUUCCUGUUCCUCCUGGAGGAGCAGCGAGGAGACGGCGCAUCUCAGCCAGGCUUCAUCAGUGCAGAACAGCUGCUACUGGAGCUGAAGGCUGGAGGGAUCCAGCUGGAGCAGGAGGCCGCCGUCAGGCUGGAGCUGCAGCACAUUCCUCCCUUAGAUCUGCUGGACUUCCUGGCCUACCUGCCCCUCUUCAUGCUUAUUCAUAAGUCGGUCAUCUCCAACCCUCUGGAUAGCUCCAGCAAUAUCUGAACUCAGUCAGUGAUGCACCGAGUAGCUCAGGUAUCUGCAUCACUGUCAGUCAAGUUCACCCCCUUCUAACAUUCUUCUAAAAUAUUCAUGAGAGAAAAACUGCAACAUUAGAUUUUUUUUUUAAGUGAAGGGGGUCUGAAUACUUUCUUAAUACAGUGUAAAAUGCUUGAGACAUGAUCUGAAAGCGAACAUGAGGAUUAACACUCCUGUCAUAAAAGUUUUCACAGAGCUGUCUGUGGUCCUGAAACACUCUCCAGUAAUGCAUAGGCACAUUUUUCUGACUUUGAAAAGUCUUGAAUGUUAGUUUCUCAAAGCCUCAAGACACCACAGCUCUAUUUUAUUUAUUGCAUCAGAUAAAAUCUCCAAACUCCUCUACCAACGAUCCAGAACGUGCUGCCUAAGAGGCAGAGUUCAUGUAAACGCUCUGAUGCAACAGCCUCGUAUUGUUCUCCAUUAAAAAAAACAAUAUUUGAACAGAGAUAUGCGCCCAGACUUUUGUCCUCCUCUAUCCAACUUCAUCAACACUGAUGAAUGAUAUUCAAUGAGAUAUUCAUCUAAUAUAGUUU